GGAGGGAGCGCGAGCGGCUAUAGAUCAGAGAAAACAGCUGCGGCGCGCGAGAGGUGACAGUAAAGCUGCUGUACAGUCGCCUACCUGAGAGCAACUUUCAUUAAUCAUCGUUAAAACUCUCCUCAGCGAGUCAUGGACUGUCGGAAAGAGGGCUGCUCUCAGCCACAGGACGAGGAUAUCAUGGACAUACCCCUCGAUGACCCAGCCGCUAACAAGGCCGCGACUAAGAUCCAGGCUGGCUUCCGGGGACAUAUGACCAGGAAGAAGAUAAAGGAUGACAAACCCAGAGAUGAGAAACAAAGAGAUCAGAAGUAGCACGAAAGGACGUCCUCAGCCACCCUGACGGUUUUACACCCACCACUGCAAUAACCAGAGCUCCUUUGUUGAAGAGAAACCCUCAGUGUACAAUACGAAUAAAGUGUAAACUUCUAAACUAAGCCUGGAUUGGUGACCUUUCACUUCUGUUUACGAUAGUCUGGAGAGUAGUCCAUCAUGCACUAUAACCUUUCAGCAUGUUACAUAGCUAUUGUGGAAAACAGGAGUUUAUAAUGGUUUUCUUUUUCAUAUGGCUCCGUUAAAGGCAUGUUCUCUGGUACUUCUAAUAAGAGAAAACAAAUUAGGAGGAUAUUUAUUUAUUUAAUUAUUUAUUCUUUUUUUUCUGUUGCCUGUUUCUUUAUAACCUGGAUGUAAAAGCUUUUACAGAGGUGUCUCUGCCUUUUCUAGUGUACCCUUGUUUCUUUUUGCUUGUUUAAUAAAGCAAAUUGGGUUGAAUUUAA